GGAUGGAUGCGCGGGCGAGGGCCAAGCGCUACGAAAAGCUGGACUUCUUGGGGGAAGGGCAGUUUGCUACUGUUUAUAAAGCAAAAGACAAGAAUACAAACCAAAUUGUUGCCAUUAAAAAGUUAGUCUCAAAGGACUGGACUAUCUGUGUAUCUGUACCUAGAGUGUAAUAAGCAAUACUUAAAUAAUGAAAAACAGUCUUCUAUUUUAGAUCAAGCUUGGCCACCGAUCAGAAGCAAAAGAUGGUAUAAACAGAACAGCCCUCAGAGAAAUAAAACUGUUGCAGGAGCUUAGCCAUCCAAAUAUUAUUGGGCUUCUUGAUGCAUUUGGACAUAAAUCUAACAUUAGCCUAGUGUUUGAUUUUAUGGAAACAGAUUUAGAGGUUAUAAUAAAGGACACUAGUCUUGUGUUGACACCUUCGCACAUAAAAGCAUACAUGCUGAUGACACUUCAGGGUUUAGAAUAUUUACAUGAGUACUGGAUUCUUCAUAGGGAUCUCAAGCCUAACAACUUGCUGCUAGAUGAAAAUGGAGUUUUGAAGCUGGCUGACUUUGGCUUAGCAAAGUCUUUUGGAAGUCCAAAUAGAGUUUAUACGCAUCAAGUGGUUACAAGAUGGUAUCGAGCUCCUGAGCUGCUGUUUGGUGCUAGAAUGUAUGGAGUAGGUGUGGAUAUGUGGGCAGUGGGCUGCAUAUUGGCUGAACUGCUUCUAAGGGUUCCAUUUUUGCCAGGGGAUUCUGACCUGGAUCAGCUCACAAAGAUAUUUGAAACUCUGGGUACUCCCACAGAAGAACAGUGGCCUGGUAUGACCAAUCUUCCAGAUUAUGUGACUUUUAAAAGUUUCCCUGGAAUGCUGCUUCAUCAUAUUUUCAGUGCUGCUAGUGAUGAUUUGCUUGAACUACUGCAAGGCUUAUUUACAUUUAAUCCUUCUACCAGGGUCUCCGCUACACAGGCAUUGAAACAUAAUUAUUUUAGUAAUCGACCAGCACCAACACCUGGAAGCCAAUUGCCAAGACCGAACUGUCCUGCAGAAGCCUUGAAAGAACAGCAAAUUGUAGUUCCAAACUUAAAGAGGAAAAGAAUGGAUGGAAAAGACCAAGGGUUACCCAAAAAAUUGGUGUUUUGACAACUGUGGAAACAGGGAUAUUGAAUACCUCUGCUGCUGUGAAGUCUGAAAAGGCCAAAUGUGAGAACUGAAAUAUCAACUGAACAUGAAUGAAACCUAAAUUUGUAAAUGUAUGUAAAACAUGUAGUAUUUCAUCUCUAAAAAACCAUGUAUUUUUUUAUUACUGACUUUUUAAAAAAAGAAAAAAUGUGUUUAAAAAUGUCUGUUUAGCGGUAAAUGGGAUACAUGGAACUUUGUGCACAGUGAUUCUGAAUGAAUUCUUGUUAGAAAUAUCCAGCAGGGCCUGGACAAUUAUAAAUAAACCCCUCGUUGUGGAGAUUAGAAGUCUGUGUACAAAUGCAUAUUUGUUUUCCCAGUUAUUCAUGCUAGAGAGGAUAAAAUAUCGAGACUUUUCAUUCCACUUUCAUGACAUUGUAUUGAUGUUAGAGUUCUAGUAACUUUGAAAGUCUUAUUGAUGCUUCAGUAUGAAAUAUUAAGCUACAUACUAUACUAACAAGUUAGAAAACCAUCGAUUAUCAAAUUCAGGAGGCAAAAAUGAUGUUUUUCAAUGAA